AUGUCUCUUGCACGUCUAGUAAGGACGGUUCCCCAGCGUGGUUUCCACAUUAGUGCAUCGCUCCAAGCAGGUCAUUCCAAAUGGCAGAAUAUCAGACACGAUAAGGCAAAAAACGAUGCCAAAAAGUCCAAAGAGGCUUCCUUCUUGGCUAACCGUAUUGAGGCUUCUGUGAAGAGUGGAGGUACAGAUGGUAAUGCCCAGCUUCAGACAUUAAUGGAAAAGGCCAGGAAAAUGAACGUCACAAAGAAAAUCAUUGAAAACGCCAUCAAAAGAGGUACAGGUGAAGUUAGUGGAGAGGCAUCAACUGCAGCCUCAACCACUUACGAGUUCAUGGGCCCUCUGGGCACUGCGUUUAUUGUUGAAGCCCAGACAGACAACAAAGCUAGGACUAUUGGUCUUGUGAAGCAUGCCAUGGCCAAAUUCAACGCCAACUUGAGUCCGUGUCAGUACUUGUUCCAAAGGAAAGGUGAGAUCGUCUUCGAGCCGCUUAAACCAGAGGAAGAGCUUGAUGACGUACUUGAAGUCGCCAUUGACAUAGGUGCUGAUGAUGUGGAGAACUUUAAUGACAUCGACGAUGAAUAUGGAGGAGCCAAACUCUUCAGAAUCCUCACUGAGCCUUCUGCCUUGAACGAAGUAUCCAACAGUCUAGCAGGCAAAGGCUACAAACUUCGAGACUCCAAGACGAUUUUCCAUGCUGAAGAAGACAACCAGGUUGACUUUCCCGAAGGCGUGGAAAAGUCGUUUGGCAAAAUGGUCGACCAGUUGGACGAGAUCAACGAGGUGACCAACUACUACAUGAAUAUCCGCCAGGGUUAA